AACCUUCUUGCCCAUGACGCUUCUAUUUAUACCUCUGUUAUCCCAGUGUACGGUGUACCAUCACUGAAACCAAACUUAAACCAAAACAAAAGAAGGCAGUUCCGAAAUUCAGAGAGAGAUGAACAAUUUGCGCAUUACUGUUUCAUUAUUUUUGGCCACUCUUGUCUUCACCGCGACGUUUUCAAACUCUGUGGUGCAAGCCAAAAAAGAAAUAAUAAUCUCACUCAAAUGCAAACAGAAAUCAGAUUGUCUAUCGAACAUUGCGUGUCAGGCUUGUGUUGAUUGCCGAUGUGAUAAGAAAUUGUGUAGAUGCCAUGGUUUCAAAGAAGAAAACGGGAAUACAACAGUUGCACCAUUACCAGUUUAAAUUACUCAUCAUUUUCCUAUUAAAGAUCUAUGCCUUUAGACCAAAAAAAAAAAAAGAUCUAUGCCUUUGUAAUGCAAAAUCUAUAUAAAUAAAGUUAAACUCUAUCCUCUCA